CCGCUGCUCUGUCAUCUUUUUCUUCUUCUUCUUCUUCAGUUCUUCUUCUUCUUCCUCUUCUCCAGCAACCCAACCCCUUAAACCCUAAACCCUCGCAAAAAAUGGACCCUACAAUCCACCCACAACCGCAAACACACGACGAUUGGCGGCGCCGGCGGGUAAUGCGCAAUCUUAAAGACGCCAUUGUUAAAGAUCUUGCUGCUUCAAACCCUUCAACACCCAUUACCCACGACCUCCACUCCUACGUCGAGCAGCGACUGCAACAAGUCUUUCCCACAUUCGAUACUCCUACACACCCACCUUACGCUUGGAUGAUACGUAGAGCGAUAGUGGAGUUGAAUGAGGUAAAGGGAUCUAGUGAGGAGGUGAUAUCAAGGUUUAUAGAGAAAGAGAACAAGGAUUUGCCAUGGGCGCAUGUGACUUUGUUGAAACAUCAUUUGAGGAAGCUUUGUUGGGAUGGAGAAAUUAUGUGUACCAAUGAUGGAAAGUAUAUGCUCCAACCAGAUGAUGGUGAUUUUGGGCAGAACUGUGGGAUGCCAAAAAUGCGCCUUGAUGAAGAUGGUUAUGACUGCAGUGAUCCUGUACUUCUACUUGAAAGGACAGAUCAGACUGCAGAGCAGAAUUGUAGUGAGACUCUGCCAAGUCUGAGACGGAGAACCUCAAGGGAACAAAAGCAGCUUAAGAAAUCAUUGGCAAAAGCAAAGAGGAAUCUGAAGAGCCUGGAAUUGAAGAAGCAAGAUGAUGACCAAUCCAUGGUGGCCAUCUCAAGUUCAUCUGUCACAAGCCCAAUCUUAGGCUAUGCAUGUUCCUUGCAUCCAUUGAAGGUAAUGAAGCAUGAUAUUAAUCAACCUAUGAGAAGAGAAGAAAAGAAAAAUCAAGAGGAUUGGCAAAAGCAAACAGAGACUAUAUGUGGAGAGGUGAAAUCUAUUGUUAGGGUGGUUGACAAACAAAAACAACCAGAAGAACAAGGAGGUAAGACGGUUGGUCAACAACAAGAACAUCAAGUUGACGUCCAAACCAAGAGACUGGAGUCCUCUUUCGACAGACAAUGUGAUCAAAAUUCAAAGGUUUCAUUUUGCAAGUGUUCGGUGCCUCUACUGGAAAAGGCAAAGAAGUCUUUGAAAUGGCAGCAUAAAAGGAAAAAUAACUGUGAGGAAAAAAAAUUAAUUAUUGUUUGUGGUCUCAUGGCAGGACAAUCAUCAAAAUCAUCGACAUAUUGUUGUGAAAAGGCACCAAAGUCACACAGAGAGCCAAUGUCGGCAUCUCUUGCAUUAUCCCAGGAGUUGGUGCGGCCAACAAAGAGUGCAUGUGGAGAGGUGAGAUCUGUUUUGAAGAUAAUUCACAAAGAAAAACAACCAGAAGAACAAGAAGGCAAGACAGUCGGAGAACAAUAUCAACAACAACAAGGGGAAAUGGGAGGUAUAACCAAGAUAUUGGGUUCUCCUUUUGGCGGGGACUGUGGUGAAAACUUGAAGGAAUCUUUAUUUCGGAAUGGGUUGCAUGAGAGUAAGCAUCAUGAGGGGGAAGAAGAAUUGAUUACUGUUUGUGAUCUCUUGGCAGAACAACAGUCAGAAGUGACAGCAUUUGGUCACAAGAAAGCAAUGAAGUCAUGCAGAGAGCCAUUGCCGGCAUCUCUUGAACUGUCCGGGGAACUGGGGCAGCUCAAUGAGCCACAUAUCAAGCUUUCCAGUCCGAAAAGUUGUCCUGAGCUUGAAGCAACUUCACUGGAGAGGUUUACUCAAAAUCAACAGAAGCCACUCAAGGUUUACAUGCGGAGAGGGAUGGACAAUGCCCCGCUAAAGGUAGAAACUCCACUUAAUAUGUCCUCAAAAUUAGAACAUCUUGAAGGAAUGCAGCAACUGGAGUUUAGAAGAUCAGAAAACCCCCUUGAAUUUGAAUUAAGGACCUUGGAAGAAGAUGCAGAGGGUGGGCAGGAGGAAGCUGUGUCCCACCUAGCGACUGCAAAAGCUUCUCAGAAGGAACCCUUGGGUAUGCAGAAGCCAAUUAAGGUUUAUUUCAGGAGAAAUGUACACAUGCCUGAUAAAAAUACUAGAAACAUCCCCUAGUUUAUUGACCAAUUCAAAAUGUUUUAAAGAGAAACAAUAGUUGGAGGUCCAAAAUUCAGAAAGCUUUGGAAUUUGAUUUAAGAUCCAUAGGGGCAGAUACCAGUUAGGAGCAAGAGGUAAGCUGUGUUGAAGAUGCAUCCUCUCCAGUGAAGCAAACAGUAGAAAGAAGUAGAACUUAAAUGGUGCGUGGAAGCCACCUGAUAUCAUAAACACACUGGAUGUUAAGGUGUUUCUUUUAAGUUUUAAUAGGGAAGAAAGGUUAGCGUUUGGU